UCGCCGUCGUACUUCCGUAGCCCAUUUGAUCGACUCAUGACAUCAAGGUAAGCUGGUGGAAUGCAUGUUGAAUUGGAACCACGUUGCUUCCAGCCUAGGAUUGUCAAUUGGAGCGGUUUUGCUUUCAACCAUCCCGAAUUAUAUCUUGGCGCAGUCUUUGCGUUGCCUGCGGCAACACCAAAUCCCACCAACCUAAUGUCGCUAUCAGGCAGGAUCCGCGCUUGCUCACAAAUUGUGAGCAACAGAUUACUGUCAUGUCAAUAUUCCAGAAGGUUUUUGACCAGGAUAUGAGUUGGAUGUUGGAAUCAGACGUUGGUUCAUGGCUUGCUGUUUCUUUUUGAUUCCCAUCACAUCGUGUAGCCCCCUCCGAUAUCAAGAUAACCAUGAUGUCUUGAUUGCAAGGCAUACCCUGCUGAUUGUGUGAGUGCCAGCAACACUCUUAAACGAGUAUUCAUUAAACACUGCCGGACACCCAGGAGGCGUAUGCUAGCAAGCGAAAGUAAAGUAUUUAUGUGAAUCUAACGUUCCGAACCAGGGCGCCUAAAUCGUCCUCCGUGCCGUGAGGCAUAAUCCUGAUGUUCCUUCACUGUCUCCAUCCGCUCAACACCCCAAAAUGCAUUAUUGUAUCGAGACAUUGGCUUUCCCACAGCGUUCUGCUGUUGCUUACAAGCAUUAUCAACGUUGCACCAGGUUAUGCCAUAAGGCUUUCGUGAAAAGUUCCAAUCACGCUCCAUUAGCAUUCCCAGCUCGGUGUCUCACUAAGAAACCGCCUUGUUUGUCACCCAACUGCUGAUUAGUUCUACGUAUGCAGAUAAUGCCAUGUCCGUCACUCAAUGGCUUUGCCAUUGCUUUUGCAUGACCGACUACAGGAACGCAAGUGCAGAGCCAAUCGCAUGGCUCAUUGACAAAAAUCGAGCCAUAAUCUCGCUCGAAAAUCGAUGGAUGACAGAGACUCAAUCAAUAUGGCUGCGGCGUCAUUCCCGUGUCCUCAAUUUGUGUAUGCAUGAAGGGAGGAGGGUUCUCGGCUGAGAUGAUGUCGACCGAGGAUGUUAAAUUCGUCGGGGUUAAGCCUACAACGGUUUAGCGCCGAAAGGGACCCACUAAAAAAUGCGAACUCUUGGCCGGCAGCGUCUCGAAAUCUUCAAGGUACGGUUGAAUGUCUGUUCUUCUGCAUGCUUGAGCAAUUUGUCCACCAUGGAUAUUCACCGCUCUCGCUUCGUGCCUUUCCCUCACUCGGCGAUCAAUGCGCUUGCAUUUUCCCACGAACCUCGCGACGGCGAACGAGAGCCAGAAUGCCUCCGGCUUGCAGUUGGGCGUGCAAACGGCAACAUUGAGAUAUGGAACCCUGCCGAUGGCGAGUGGCUACAAGAGCGCGUAUUCUACGGGGGCAAAGAUCGUAGUGUAGAGGGUCUUGCUUGGACUCGAGAGGCAGACACAAGGGAUAAAAGAGGCGUCAGAGUACCUGGAAGACUGAGAUUGUUCAGUAUCGGAUACUCGAGCAGUGUCACAGAAUGGGAUCUCACCACCGGACUGCCCGCCCGCCAUUCCAACGGUAACCACAGCGAGGUCUGGUGCUUCGCCGCACAGCCUGCCGCGCAAAACGAACAGACCCCUCGGAAGUUGAUCGCAGGAUGUGCAGACGGUACUCUAGUCCUCCUAUCUACAGAGGACGAUGACUUGCAAUUCGAUAAAUUUGUCGCACGCUCUACCGCAAAGAAAGCUCGAGCGCUGAGCGUCGCUUUCAAGGAUCGCAAGAUUGCACUGGCUGGCUUUGCAGACAGUACAAUAAGAGUCUACGAUACGCGCAAUGGCUAUGUAAUCCGAAAUAUAUCACUCGGAAACCUCGGGCCCGGCGGUCCUAGAGAGACGCUCGUCUGGAAAGUGAAGUGCCUGGCUAAUGGCGACUUCGUCUCGGGCGAUUCCAAUGGGGACAUAUGCAUAUACGAUGGCAAGAAUUACAGUCAGACCCAGCGGAUAUCGGGCCACGAAGCUGAUGUGCUUGAUCUCGCUGUUUCGCGGGACGGAAACAUGAUUUUCAGCGGAGGCAUGGACCGGCGUACGUGCCUUUAUACCUCGAACAACAAGGCUGGAGGUGGGAAGUGGACCAAGGUUUCCCACCAAAGGUACCACGAUCACGACGUGAAGGCAAUGGCGACCUAUGACGGGAAAAAGCUCAGCAUUUUAGUGUCUGGAGGUAUUGAUACUCGACCGAUUGUCCUCCCCAUCCGAUCUUUUGGCAAGGAGCUUAGCCGCGGGCUUCCGUCUCUGCCUCACUCUCCCCCCCUUGUCAGUGCACCCGAAGCGCGGCUUGUAGUCAGCUGGUGGAAUUCGGAAAUUCGAGUUUGGCGGGUCAAGAGUCAAGAUGAUGGAGCUGAAAAACCAAAAGUGGUCGCUCGACUUGCACUCCAAGGCGAUGAAAAUAUAGCAUCUGUGGCCAUGAGCAGGGACGGACGACUAUUGGCAGUUGCAACGGCCAAAGAAGUGAAACUAUUCCAGCUCGUCCAAACGAGAUCAGAAGACAGCUUCAAUCUACGCAUCCGUAAGCUCGAGGCACAUUUGGCCGACGGCGCGAGGUUGAUACAGUUCACGCCGGAUGGCAAGUGGCUAGCUCUCAUCACCGCUUCCAACGCCGUUUCCCUGUCACGUAUUAUUCGAGAUGAGGAUCCAAGCGAGCGACCCCGAGCACUGCCCAAAUUGAUCCGACUGCAGCGACUGAAGCGGGACCCCCAGCAAAAUCCUCUAGAUGGUCCCUCUGGCUCCUACUCUCGUACCAUAUCUCAUGCCGAAUUCUCGGAUGACGGGUCAAUCUUUGCUGUGGCUGAUUUGGCGGGUUACAUCGACACAUGGGUCACCCAAGGCCAUGAAGAUCCGACAGCUCUUGAAGUCGACGUCGACGAGACUUCCGACUCUGUCAACGCUGACAAUGAUGACGACGGAGAUUCUGGUGACGACUCUGAUGACGAAGACUCCCGGCCCGAACGAGUUACAUUUCUGGGUCAGCGAUGGAUACGUAACCCCUCGGCGCACCUGUUACCACGGCUAGACUCCAAACCAGUUUUGCUUUCAUUCCAACCUGAUCCUGCGGCGAACGCGCAACCCGAGCCUAACGGCAAUCCCGCAGUGCACCCCACGAGACAAAAUCCCCAUCCACACUCACAAGACAUAGCGUCUACUGAACAUCGCCUCCUCGUGGUUUCCGCCAACAACCAGCUAAACCUCUUCGAUGUCCUAGCUGGACGGCUCUCGGAAUGGUCGAGAAGGAACCCCCCAUCCAGCUACCCCUCGGCCUACCGCCACCUCAAAUCCCCAUCAAAAGGCUGUCUAUGGGCCACACAGGAACAGCAAACACGUCUAUGGCUAUACGGCGAGGCAUGGCUCUUCAUGUUUGAUCUUUCCCGCGAUCUCCCUAUCCCAGAUGCCAUCGCCGAGGACGCCAGCAGCGACCCCUCCAAAUCCCAACCCUCCUCCACCAACAAAAAACGCAAACGAGACCAACACCACAGCCACAAAGGUGCCAGCGGCGCCGGCGACGCGAUCCCCGAGACCGACAUCCCCGUCACCAAAAUGCGGCGUUUCGAGGGCGGGGGCAAGGACGUUGAUUCGGUCAAAAGCACAACGGCGGAAAUCACGUCUCGCGGCCUCCGCGGAACCUCGACCGCUGCUCCAUCCGACGACGACGAUGACGAGAGCAGCGACGAAUACGCCGCCUUGACUACUCUCCGUCGAGGCACGGCAUCGGAGAAGAGCAACGGCCAGACAAUCGAGGAACAAGAGGACAAGGAAACGAACCUAGCCGUCGUCAACGGCGACAACGGCGACUCGCUGGAACAGAGUCGCCAGCACUGGUGGCACACGCUCAAGUACAGACCGAUCCUCGGUAUCGUUCCUAUAGGCGGUAGCGGUGGAGCAGCAGGGGAAGACGUGGACAUGGAGGGCGGCGAGACGAGCUCGGCUCUUGAAGUCGUGCUCGUCGAGAGGCCUGCGUGGGAUCUAGAUUUGCCUCCGCGCUUUGUGGGGGCUCAUGAGUAGUCAGUUUAGGAAGCAUUUGUUGCAUAUUACAUCUUUCCUUCUUUCUUUCUUCGUUUGAUAUGUGAUGGAGGCUGAAUUAGAUGGGAAUCAAGCAGUUUGGGCAUCACCAGUUUUAUUUUAUUUUCUAGUGUUGUGGUGAGAAAAAUCAAAAUUAUACGUCUUCUAUGGCCACAUUUGCCUGCCUGAUCUGAUUUUCCACGUGACACGUUUUCGUUCUCCUUCGUACGUUGAGAGAAAGCGAAUCUAGUUCUAUUCCGCGAUACUCUAUUUUUCUUUUAAAAAAUAGAUCUUCAGAUCCUUUUUCUCCUCCCCCCCUCUCUCUCUUCCUCAUCCUCCUUCUACGUGUGCGUACAUCUAAUAUACCGCACGCCUCCCC